CUAGGUCUUGCAUAUGAACCGCGUUCUGUUAAACAGCAGUAUUUCUUAUCAACACCGAAGUCAUCCCUUCCCAACGUAACAUCAAAAGAAAGGAAAAAUCUGCUCUUGCAAUGUGCUCUAUCGACAACGCUAUUGAAUCGUUCCUUGGUCAGGAAGGGCCACCGCUGCCACGCGUCACGCUUGGCGCUGUGAAUCGAGAUGGGACCUUGCACUACGUGAAGUGUUUCGAUGGUAACUCAGCGGAAUCUUCCAAGCCGGAUGAUAUUCACUGGAUUGCAUCCGCAACCAAGUUCAUCACGAGUAUCGCUGUUAUGCAAUGUGUCGAAAGGGGUCUGCUGGAGCUUGAUGCCGAUAUAUCCCGCAUUUUGCCAGAGUGGAAAGAUCCUAAGAUAUUGAUCGGGUUCGAUGAAAAGAAUGAACCCCAGUUUCGACGCGCAAAACGGCCCCUUACACUUCGACACCUCAUCACUCAUUCAGCUGGGCUCGCCUAUACGUUCAUGCAUCCCCUGUGUAUCCGCUACCAGGAAUUGCAAGGCGAGCGACCUCUGGUACUUCAGACUAUCAGGGAAUCUUUCCCCACUUUCCUUGUGUUUGAGCCUGGAGAACAAUGGCUGUAUGGCCCUGGGCUGGAGUGGGCUGGAUUGAUGGUUGAGCAUGUGACCGGGCUGAAGCUAGGCGAAUACAUGAGGCAGAAUAUGUUUGUUCCUGUUGGGGCUAGCGACAUUACCUUUCAUCUUCACGAAAGACCGGAUCUCCAGGCGCGAAAGGUAAAGCUGUGGGAGAGAAAUAAUGACGGAUUGAAAGAGGUCACCGAUUUCUGGUGGCCGGAACCAGUUAGUGACGAUAUUGGAGGUGGUGGCAUCUACACAAAUGUUCCCGAGCUCCUGAAGAUCUACGCUGGUGUCAUGCAGGGGAAGUUGCUACGGCCGGAGACUGUGGAACAGAUGUUUAAGCCACACCUUGAGAAACGCAACCAUCUUGAUAACCGAGAGGAGUACGAUCUGGCGACUCGGAAUGCAAUCUACAAUGCCGUUCCUAACACAAUCCCCGUCGACUAUGGCCUUGGUGGUUUGAUCAAUACCGUCGAGGUGCCAGGCCGCCGUGGUCAGUAUUCGCUGACGUGGUCCGGAUUGCCCAAUUGCUACUGGUGGAUGGAUAUUGAAAAGGGCGCCGCUGGGGUUUAUUUGUCUCAACUUCUCCCCACGGGCGAUCAGAGGGCUGUCGAGCUUCUGGCAGAAUUCGAGAAGGCUGUGUACGCUGCCCUCGAAUGAUUAGUCUUCACCACCUUUCCACGUCAUCGAUUAAGGACCCUUUUCAGGAAAGUAUGCAUGGUCCUAAUCGACAGGCGUGCGAAUUCCUCCCGAGGUUCUUUUCAAAGAAAGGCGCAGAAGCUAUGGAGACUAGAGUCAGGCAAAUG